AUACAUUCUGCGUAAGCAUUAACCAAUUAGCAAUCGGGGGUUGCCAGUAUUUCGCGGGCGAACAAUAGCGUGCAACGUUCGCGCCAAGUUGUUUGUCAGCGCCUUGAAAGUGCCGGUGUGUUGUGACACUCGCGUAAAUUGGGGAACAAUAGGGACAAAAAUUUCGCGCGCUGCUUUGAUAUGCGCAUAGUCCGGGCGACAAGUCUACCUGGCGUACGACUACAAGAGUCGGCGGAGGCGUUGGGUUAGUCAUUCAGUCGUCAGACCUUGUGGAAGACGCACCUCUCAACUUAGUCGCUCUCCUCGCUCUCGUAACGUUCUAGUUUUACCUACGGACUACCGUCGCCUAUCAGUGUCAGAUCGAACUUGCCGACGGGUGUGAUCAGUGAUCAUCCCGCCCUACACGCGGAUACAACAGAACACCGGGUGGUUGGACCAGCCAGCGGCGGACGUACGUGCCUUCACUACCGACGACUCCCGGCCUGUCUGUCGGUUACCCUGUCCUUCCAAGGCGCCGCGGAAACACGACCCUCGGCACUUCAGGGCCCUCACGCCGAAUCGAUCGACAUCCUUGUGAUCGCGCUGCAUCUCGAGUGGCAUACUAUGAAGUUAGUGUGCACCUUCUGGGCGGUGGUUCUCCUCUUCCUGGCCGUGGUGCCCGUGGAGAGAGUGCAUGCUGUGAUCGGGCGAUGGUGGGGCAUCGCUAGCACUGUAGCAGUGCAGGAGCAUGCUAACAUGGUUCCCGGUGUGGCGAGGAAGCCAGGUUCUACCAUCAUGCUGGAUCCCAAGAAGCACCCACUGAACAAGAAGCAGCGGCGACUGGUGCGACGGAACCCGGGGACGCUGGAGAGCAUCGGGACCGGGGCCAUGCUGGCCAUCAAGGAGUGCCAGCAUCAGUUCUCCAACCGGCGAUGGAACUGUCCCGUCAACACCAACGACCACGUCAACUCCGUCUUCGGGAACAUCCUCAAGCGCGGAUGUAGAGAAACGGCUUUCAUCUACGCUGUGAUGUCGGCUGCCGUCGCUCACGAAGUCGGCCGAAACUGCGCCGAGGGCACGAUCGAGACCUGCUCGUGCGACUACCGAAGCAAGGGCCCUGCCGGUGAGGACUGGGAGUGGGGAGGCUGCUCCGACAACGUGGAGUUCGGCAAGCAGUUCGCCAAGCAGUUCGUGGAUGCUGGGGAGAAGACGAAAGACUCCGUCCGCUACCUGGUCAACAUGCACAACAACGAGGCAGGCAGGGUGGCUGUAGCUGAAAACCUGCGCAGAGAGUGCAAGUGCCACGGCAUGUCGGGGUCCUGCACGCUGAAGACCUGCUGGAUGCGCCUCCCCAACUUCCGAGACGUCGGCGACAGCUUGAAGGAGAAGUUCGACGGCGCCUCCAAGGUCGCGGUCCCCGACAUCGGCAACAACCGGGGCUCCAGGGCGAAAGUCACCGGGCUCGUCCCCAAGAACUCCCGCCACAAGUUCCCCACAGACAACGACCUGGUCUACCACGAGAGAUCGCCCAACUUCUGCCGUAACAACCCACGGCUCGGCUUCGAGGGGACGAGAGGGAGAGAGUGCAACGUGACGUCACGCGGACUGGACGGCUGCGACCUGUUGUGUUGCGGGAGGGGGUACGCGACGAGACAAGAGGUGACGAAGGAGAGGUGUAACUGCACGUUCCAGUGGUGCUGCCAGGUCAAGUGCGAGGAGUGCGUCAGAACGAAGACCAUCCACACGUGCUUGUAGUAGGACUCGCUUCUGUCUUCCGUAGUAAGCGUAGUCCUUCAAAGGACAGAAACGGACUAAGAUUCCAAGACCACGGCAAACGUGCCACCCAAGUCUCUGCACUUCUCUGUAAAAUCAGAGAUGCAACGGAUGGGCAGACGACACAACGUACGCGUGUACACGAAGGAGUGCGUUCCGUCUUGUAGCUUUUUGUCAUCAUCCACACUGGCCCGAUAUCAAUACAUAGCUCUGCAGGGAACAGACGAUUUUGUACAUAUUUUACUAUUUAUGAAUCUAUAUUUAUAUAUAAAUGUGGAGAAAAGAUCUUACAUUAUUUAUUGCUGCAAAGGCAUCCUCCUCUGUGCUUUUUAUCGACCCGACUAGAUGACUCAACUAGCAUACCUGACUUGGCUAGAUUCUUUGAAAUGUUUAGACAUUGACAGUUAUGGAUGUGUUUCUUUACUUUAACCCGAUGGUUUUAAGAUAUUGUCGUACGAAGAUUAGUAGAGAAUGUAGAAGUGUAGUAUUUGACUAGAGUUUGUGUUCUUAUGAUGUGACCCGACGUAAGUCUAGGGCGGGACCCUACGACAGACAGUUAUACACUUUGACCUUUGACGUAAUAAAGUACGUCACAGGCAACGCACUGUGCCAGAUUUUAUGACGCUCUCGCUAGUAACCGUUUGAUAGAAAUCGUUUUAACAUUACCAUGUUCAGUAUGUAUAAAGUUUCACUUUAUUCCCAGAGGAUGGGGUUAGGUUGUGUGCGAGACAGAAAAGAUGACAUGUGAAUAUCAAAUGUGGAAAAAUAUUAUUGUGCAAUAAUGCUGUGUCUUCCCUGCACUUUUCACUGAUGAAAAUAUCCUAUUGGCAAGGUCUGUGUAAAGAUAUCUCUGCUGCACUUCGACUGUUCAUGAAUACAAUGUUUUUUAUAAGA